UAUGGUUGAAACCGGUAGAUAAACCAGUGGUAUAUAGUUGUAAUCCAAUUGUUUGGCAACAUAUUGUGAAACCAGGAGAUAUUGGUGGAGAAUUGAAUAUUUGCAGAUCUGCAGUUUCUUAUGAAAAACAUUAUAGGAUCAGUGUUUGUGUAAAACGAGAACGUUACAUGACUGAUAAUCCACAAAGUACCGUUUCGUACAGUUCCCAAAGGUCAUUUGUUUCUUCGGGACAAUUAUCUCAUCAGCCAGGACAUAAAAUUUUUUUACUUCCUCCUCUAAAGAUUACUAAUUUGCUUCCAUAUGAAUUACAUUUUGUUGUGAAAGAUAAUGAAUCUUGUAUAUCGGGAUAUAUCAAGCCUGGUCAUAAUACAUCUUUACACAAUGUCGAUGUUAGUGAAAUAAUGAUUUUUGAAUUUUCCUGUGAAAAUUUUCAAAAAUGUAAUGAAUUGAUUGUCAGGCCUUGUUCUCGUGAAUUUUUAACACGAAUUUUAAUGUACGAUAAUCAAGACCGACUAUUAAUGCUGCAAGCAAGAGUUAUCCCUCUGUAUGGUGGUGCUUUGAAGAUAAACAUUUCAUCGCCAUAUUGGUUAAUAAAUAAUUCUGGUCUACCAUUGGUUUUUCGUCAAGAAGGAACCCAAGUAGAAGCUGCCGGACAAUCGGAUGAACACGAAUUGGCUAGAAGUGUAGUGCCGUUACUGUUCUCAUUUGCAGAUAAAGAUGCCUCGGCCAUGUGCAGUAUAAGAAUAGGACGAUCACUUCAUCCGAAUUCUCUAACUCAAUGGUGUAACAGUUUUAAUUUACAAAAAGGAAUUAGAGUUCGUCAUUUACAUGUAACACCUAGAGAUUCCAGACCAGAUUGGGUUUAUACAAUUGGAAUUGAUGUGAGAAUGGGAAGAGGACGUUACAGAGAUACUUACAUGGUUACAGUUUCACCAAGAUAUCAGUUAGAUAAUAAAAGUAGCUAUAAAUUGGAAUUUUCUCAGAAAUUUGCUGUUGAAAAUCUAAAAAAAUUCAGUCAUCAAUAUGUGAUGUCUGCAGUUCCAAAUUGUCACAUGCCAUUUCACUGGCCCCGUGUCGAUCUAGAUAAUUUACUCUGUGUUCGUCUUUCCGAUGUACCAGACUGCAUGUGGUCGGGUGGAUUUUCAAUAGAUAAAAUUAAUUCUUUUCACGUUAAUAUGCGGAAUGGCCAUGGGAAAUCUCAUUUCUUAAGAGUAGAAAUAAUAUUGCAAGGCGCUAAAUACAUUAUUGUCUUCUCUGAUGCAGAAAAUAUGCCAUCACCUCUACGAAUUGAUAAUCAUUCAGAAGUUCCUAUAAUUUAUUAUCAAACAAAUAUUAUAGAUGAAAGACUAAAAACAUCUGUAAGACCAGGUUCAUGUGUGCCUUAUGCUUGGGAUGAACCAACUCUUCCUCCAAUGAUUACUUGUUGUGCACCUGGUGGAGCAACUGCUACUUACAAUAUGAAUGUAUUUGGCGAAGGAGACAAAUUAUUUUAUGGAAAUUUUAUUUACUUGUCAUUUACUGGCACAUUUUCAAGUUUAGAAAAGCAAGAUCCACUUCAGACAAAAAGUUUUAAGAAGAUGAUGUGUCAAGAUUUAGUGUUGGAUGUGCCAGAAGGAACAACAAAAGUGAUUUUAAGCAGAAAAGAACAGGGAAAGAGGAGCCAACUUUGGAGAAUGGGAAGCACUGGUUUAUUGCAUCACGAAGGCUCGAGUCCACCUCAAGAUCCACGUAGAAAAGUAAGCCAAAAGGAUUUAGAACGCACUUUGGUUUUGGAUAUAGCAGGACUAAGUCCUUUACCGGGUAUAUUUGUCCCUCUAAUGUUACGAAAACCCGACGAACGAAGAAGUUUAACGCAGACGUGGCAUUUUACCGAAGAUGGCAGACUUUGCUGCGAUCAUCCAAAUCUAUUUGUUCAACCUAAAGAUGGAUUUUCUGGCUUAAAAGCAGGACAAGAAGCAGUACUUGGACCUAAUCAACCUGUUAUAUACAUGACAACACCAAAUGAUAUUCCUCUCGAACAAGCCAUUGUUCCACAGAAACUCAGAGGUGGAUCUGGAGUGCUGGCUGUUAAAGUGAUUCCUGAUGGACCAACGAGAGUUCUUCAGAUAUAUGACUUCAGACAAAAGUUGGUAUCCAUGACAAAUUCUUCAACUGAUUGGGUUGUUGUCGAGGAACAAAAAAAAUUAAAAACUAAAUUGGCGGUUGCUAAAAACAGUUUGCACAAACAAACUUUUUCAAAAAUUGAAGAAACUUAUGCUGUUCAUAUAUACUCUCAUUUGUCAGGAGGUUUUGGAAUUUCGUUAAUCAAUCAUCUCAGCGAAGAGUUAAUUUAUAUAUGUUUACAAAACAUCAUGGUUGAAUAUAACAGGACUCACGAUGGCCAUUCUGUUGAUGGGAGCAUACAAAAUAUCCAAGUCGACAAUCAAUUGCGUGAUGCAGAAAAACCCACAUUACUUUUUGUUACGCCACCGAGCAAGAAAGAUCAGCAGCGGCACUUGCCUGCCAUUCAUUUUACAGCUAACAAAGUGUUCACGACACAUAUCAAUGCAGAAAUUUUUAAGCAUCUAAUUAUCACAAUUAAAAACUUAACAGUGCAAGCAGAAGAAAAACUUCUAUUUAAACUUCUCCUGUUUGCCGGUUUUAAUCAGUCGGAUGCAGAAUUAGAAAAAAUGGAUGAAAAUGAUACUCUUCCUCAAAGGGCAUUAAUGUCGUCAACAUGUACACGCCGUUAUUACUUUAACACUUUGAAAUUAAGUUUACCCCAAGUGAAACUGAGCGUUCUUACAUCUGGAAGUCUUCCUUCUGAGUUAUCACAUAUAAAAAAGAAAAUGGGAUGGAAACUGAUUCGAUUUGAAGAUGCUAUGAUUGAAUUAGAUCCAUUUGUAAGAGUUCAUCCUUUUGAAACAGCUCAAUUUUUAGUUGAUAGCAUUAUUGAACAUUAUAAAGAGGAGUUAAAAAGCCAAGCUGCAAAAAUCUUGGGUGCCGUCGACUUCCUCGGCAAUCCCCUCGGUCUGCUGUACGACGUGUCCGACGGAGUGAAUGACCUCUUGAACGAGGGAGACGUGAGAGGUCUGAUAAAGAACGUUGCCCACGGAUUGUCCGAUUCCGCGGCCAAAAUGACCGGAUCCCUGUCCGACAGUUUGGGUCUGGUGGCCAUGGAUAAUCACCAUCAAGAGAUUAGAAAAAAGAUUAAAUACGACGUUAAUGCAGGAAGCGAUCAUUUGGUCGCAGGACUGAAAGGAUUUGGAUAUGGUUUAUUUGGAGGAGUCACUAGUCUAAUUACGCAAACGUACGAAGGAGCUUCGACGGAAGGUGUUCAGGGUUUUUUCUCGGGAUUGGGAAAAGGUCUGGUGGGAACGGUAGCCAAACCGGCCGCCGGAUUUCUGGAUCUGGCCACGGGCGCGGCCAGCGCCGUCCGAGACACCAGUCGUAGAAAUUCUCACGCCCAACCCGAGAGGUGUCGUCUGCCCAGGGUCUGUUUCGGACCGGGCGGUCUCCUCCCUCCUUAUAAUGCCGACCAGGCUAGAGGUCAGCAGAUUUUCUUUGCAGUCAGUAGCAAUCAUCACGAAAGAUUCGUAUCGUAUCACUGUCUGAGGAGGGCAGAAGGAAUGGAGCUGCUACUGACCGACGCACACAUAAUCAUUGUCAAUAGGAGUUCGACAUCCACCGAUCAGAUUCUUUUAGUGUCACUAGAGAAUUUAUUAGAAUGUGCUUAUGUUCAGCCGACCGUGGGAGAAAUUAGGCACUACGUACAGCUAACGUUAAAGGCGGGAACACCGAGUUUGGCCGAUCAACCCGGAAAGAGACCUCAAUUUCGCUGUGAUACACAAACAUUGGCAUACACCGUUGUGGAAGAAAUAAAUUACGUCAAAGAGCUUCACGAAGAGAGAUUUUAUACUUUACCUGAAGACGAAAUAGAAGAAUUAGACGAUUGAUUAUUAGAAUUCUGUUGUGUUCACGAAUACCAGAUAUUUCUCCUCCAUAUCUUUGCAAUUCUUUCAUUGGUUCCCGAAACUGAAAAGAAAAAAAAAUAACAGCAUUGAAGAUCAAAUCAAGUUACAGAAAAUUUGUUAGUCAUAAUCCAGAAAGGUAUGUAUAGUUUACAUCUCACUUUAAUAUAUAGUACAAACAAACCUUUAAUGUUCUCUGCUAAAUUGCCAAAGCCAACUGACUGUUGGUAGGUUUGUCAAGAAGGCCAUCAAUCAGCAUUAAGUAAAUGAAUUGGAGGAUUAAAAUUGUCUUUUAACUAGCAACAGGCUGGUUAAAUGGUUAAGAUAAGCACUUGCACACCAUCUUGUUUGUCACUCUUCUUCCCACAGUAAUAUUUACAGCAUAAGAACUUACAAUUUGAUACUCAAAUUGUAUUUUUAACCUCAGACAGAUUAAAAUCCUCUUUCAAAAGUUGAAAAAGAAUUUCAAUCUGUCUGAAUUAAAAUUAAGCAUGUUAAAAAAACUUCUUAGAUUUGAAGACUAAAAAUGAUUAUUAUUUGAAUAGCAGAAGUACAAAAUCUUAAUGUUAUUUACUUGCAGGCAGAAAGCCAAAGGUGAUACCAAUAAAAAAACCAAACUAUGAACAGCAUUUCCACUAUGUAAGUGUAAUAAGGCCCAUUGUAGAUCAAAUGAUAGCAUGGGUGCACAAUUUCAGAGCAUCACACAGGUGUCACGGUUUGGAGGCAAGUUAUGACAAUGACUACUUGCUAUUAUAUGGACAGAAUGGUAUACCCUAUUGUAUCCUUCAUGACCAACAGGAUAAUGCUUGUCAUUGCAAGAUGUCAUCUGUGGACUGCCUAGCACCCAGAUUUAUCCUCCCAUGGAUCAUGUUUAGGAUUCCAGGGAAUAGUCACAUGGUCAUCAGUACAAACUGGUGGUCAACUGACUGCAUGAGUCAUGGAGAGAGAUCCAAAAGCAUAUAGAUGCUCAUGAUGGGCACACUUCUGGGUAUUUCCCAACAAAUGUGUACCUCAGACGUUCAGCACCACCAUCUUGUUAGCCUAGAAGUUUGACAAUGGCGUUUGGAACGUCAGUGGAAUCAUGCUCGACAUUCCAAAUGCCAUUGUCAUUGAACUGUCCAAUGUACACAUUUUCGCAUUGAAAACUUUGGCCGCAACAUUUUGUGCUUUAAAUACAUACAUUCAUUGGUACUACAAUUUAAAAAAUAUAAUAUUUAAGGCUUUACUGCUAUUCCCAUUAAUGUCGAGGAUGAAGAUUUCUUCAAAAAAAUUUCUAAGCUAUUUCCCAAUCAACAGUAGUUAAACAGUUACACUGAUCUUACUGAGCAGAAUGAUUGUCUGUGUUUUACUCUUAAUAGGUGACAGAAUAAUACUCACUUCUCAAAAAGAUAGCAAUAAAAUUGGGGAUAUAAGGGGAAUACUCAUUUUUGUGUCACUUGACCUAAUAUUACAAUAGUCACCCAACAAAAAUUGAAAGAGCUUAGAAUUCUUUGAUCUUUUUAACGGAAAAAGUUAUGUAGAUACCAUAUAAGCCACCCAGAAGUUCAU